AUGUCUUCCUCCAAAGCCAUCGUCAUCAUGGCCCUAGGGACUUUACAAGCAGUGGCUCAAACCCCAACCGAAACCCAAUCCGAAACCUAUGCUACGCUUUCUGUGUAUCCCACCUUGUCGAUGCCACCAUGCUGGGAGUUUAAGAAUUCGCUUCCUAUAACAGGUGCACCAGCACCACCAAUGGACAUGUCAGAACUCGGCGUGUCGUUUGCUCUCGGAAGUCUUUACAACACAGCAGACCCGUGUAAACUUCCCGUCAUCACGGGGUCAUCCGCCGACGAAUUCUCUGAAUGGGCUUCGGAAUGGACAAGUUGGCAGGCUCAGCACGUUUCUGAGUUUCGAGUCCUUUGGGAGAAAUGCAGCGAUGAGCCUUAUAUCACGGAUCUUGUACCUGUUGGACCUGAUGUGUGUAGCACUCUCAGGGCUAAGAUUACGGGUGCUUCGACUACAAGUGACGACGAUGAUGAAUUGGCGUCAAAGACGGUUCAUAUCCAACCUGAAAAGACAGAAGAUGGCAAGCCUGAGGAUGUCAAGGAUUCCUCAGCAUCGCGUGCAGAGGGUUCCCUUCUUGUAUUCCUUCUUGCUGCCUAUGUAUUUGGCGUCGGAGCAUAA